AUGCUCAUCACUCAGAAUGAACAACUGCAAAAUCCAGAGACCACGUUUGAAGUGUAUGUUGAAGUGGCCUAUCCUAGGACAGCUGGCACUCUUUCAGAUCCUGAGGUGCAGAGGCAAUUCCCGGAGGACUACAGUGACCAGGAAGUUCUACAGACUUUGACCAAGUUUUGUUUCCCCUUCUAUGUGGACAGUCCCACAGUUAGCCAAGUUGGCCAGAACUUCACAUUCGUGCUCACUGACAUUGACAGCAAACAGAGAUUUGGGUUCUGCCGCUUAUCUUCAGGAGCAAAGAGCUGCUUCUGUAUCUUAAGCUAUCUCCCCUGGUUCGAAGUAUUUUAUAAGCUACUUAACAUCUUGGCAGAUUACACGACAAAAGGACAGGAGAGUCAAUGGAAUGAGCUUCUUGAAACUCUGCACAAACUUCCUAUCCCUGAUCCAGGAGUGUCCGUUCAUCUCAGCGUGCAUUCUUAUUUUACUGUGCCUGAUACCAGAGAACUUCCUAGCAUACCUGAGAAUAGAAAUCUGACAGAAUAUUUUGUGGCUGUGGAUGUGAACAACAUGUUACAUCUAUACGCCAGUAUGCUCUACGAACGCCGGAUACUCAUCAUUUGCAGCAAACUCAGCACUUUGACUGCCUGUAUCCACGGGUCCGCCGCAAUGCUCUACCCCAUGUUCUGGCAGCACGUGUACAUCCCCGUCCUGCCUCCGCACCUGCUGGACUACUGCUGUGCUCCCAUGCCCUACCUCAUAGGAAUCCAUUUAAGUUUAAUGGAGAAAGUCAGAAACAUGGCCCUGGAUGAUGUUGUGAUCCUGAACGUGGACACCAACACCCUGGAAACCCCCUUUGAUGACCUCCAGAGCCUCCCAAAUGAUGUGAUCUCGUCGCUGAAGAACCGGCUGAAGAAGGUCUCCACGACUACUGGCGACGGUGUGGCCAGAGCCUUCCUAAAGGCCCAGGCCGCUUUCUUCGGCAGCUACCGAAACGCUCUGAAAAUUGAACCGGAGGAGCCAAUCACCUUCUGCGAGGAAACCUUCGUGUCCCACUAUCGCUCCGGAGCCAUGCGGCAGUUCCUGCAGAAUGCGACACAGCUGCAGCUCUUCAAACAGUUCAUCGAUGGUAGAUUAGACCUUCUCAAUUCCGGAGAGGGUUUCAGUGAUGUUUUUGAAGAGGAGAUCAACAUGGGCGAGUAUGCCGGAAGCGAUAAACUGUACCAUCAGUGGCUCUCCACAGUCCGGAAAGGAAGUGGAGCAAUUCUGAAUACUGUAAAAACGAAAGCAAACCCAGCCAUGAAGACUGUCUAUAAGUUUGCAAAAGAUCAUGCAAAAAUGGGAAUAAAAGAGGUGAAAAACCGCUUGAAGCAAAAGGACAUCACCGAGAAUGGCUGUGCCCCCACCACAGAAGAGCAGCUGCCAAAGACUGCGCCGUCCCCACUGGUAGAGGCCAAGGACCCCAAGUUCCGAGAAGACCGGAGGCCAAUCACAGUCCACUUCGGACAGCCACAGAGACUCCGUCCCACCCGCCCGCCGCCUCCCAAGAUACAGCGCUCGAGGCCCGUGCGCCCGCCUCGGCCACACGUCGUUAAGAGGCCGAAGAGCAACAUCACGGUGGAAGGCCGGAGGACGUCCGUCGCGAGCCCCGAGCACCUCGUAAAGCCCUUGCGACACUAUGCUGUCUUCCUCUCCGAAGACUCCUCUGACGAUGAAUGCCAGCGGGAAGCGGGCCCAAGCUCUGGCUUCACCGAAAGCCUUUUCUUCUCCACUCCCUUUGAAUGGCCACAGCCAUAUCGGACACUCAAGGAGUCAGACAGUGCAGGAGACGAGGCGGAGAGUCCAGAGCAGCGCACACGGGAGCCCCUGGGCCCGGCCCCCGUGCCGCCUGACAGGGCUGCCAGCAUUGACCUCCUGGAAGAUGUCUUCAGCGGUCUCGAUAUGGAGGUCCCACUGCAGCCGCUGGGCCAGGCCAAAAGCUUGGAGGACCUUCGGACCCCCAAAGACCUAAGAGAGCAGCCAGGGACCUUUGACUAUCAGAGGCUGGACCUAGGCAGGGGUGAGAGGAGCCGCGGGAUUCCGGGGGCCUUGAAGCUCGCCCACCCGUACAACAAGCUCUGGAGCCUGGGCCAGGACGACAUGGCCAUCCCCAGCAAGCCCCUGGCCACCUCUCCUGAGAAGCCCUCAGCCAUGCUCUGGAACUCCCCGGCCCUGCCCUGCAGGCCCCAGAACCGGAAUGGCAUCCUGAAUCCCAGCGACAAGGAAGAGAUGCCCACCCCUACUCUGGGCAGCAUCACCAUCCCCCGGCCCCAGGGCAGGAAGACCCCGGAGCUGGGCAUCGUGCCCCCACCCCCAACUGCCCGCCCAGCCAAGCUCCAGGCUGCCAGCACUGCCAGCACUGCCCUCGGGGACUUCUCCUCAGAGCAGCUGCAGGCUGAGCGGGAGAGACGGGCUGCCCUGAGCUCAGCCCCAUUCCCCGGGAUCCUCGCCAGUGCUGCCCGACAGGACCCCACCGAACUGCUCCAGCCACUCAACCUGGCCCCAGGAGCUGCGGGCACCAGCAGUGACACCCUGCUGGCCCUCCUGGACCCACUUAACACAGCCUGGUCAGGCAGUACCCUUCCACCAGGCCCUGUGGCCCCAAAUGUAGCCACCCCAUUCACCCCUCAAUUCAGCUUCCCCCCCAUGGGGACCCCCACCCCCUUUCCACAGCCAUCACUCAACCCCUUCGUCCCAUCUGUGCCAGCGGCGCUGCCUGCCAUGUCCCUGGUCUCCACACCAGCUGGGCCUUACGGGGCCCCUCCUGCUCCCCUGGGGCCAGCUUUUGCCCCCAGCCUCCUGCUGUCCAAUUCUGGCUUCUGUGCCCCACACAGAUCUCAGCCCAACCUGUCUGCUCUCUCUAUGCCUAACCUCUUUGGCCAGAUGCCCAUGGGUGCCCACUCCCUGCAGCCCCUGGGUCCCCCAGCGGUCACCCCUUCGAGGAUCCGAACGUUGCCCCUGGCCCGCUCAAGCGCCAGGGCUGCCGAGGCCAAGCAAGGGCUGGCCCUCAGGCCUGGAGAUCCCCCGCUCCUCCCCUCUAGACCCUCCCAGGGCCUGGAGCCAGCACUGCAGCCCUCCGCUCCACGAGAGGCCAGAGACCCCUUUGAGGAUUUGUUACAGAAAACCAAGCAAGAUGUGAGCCCAGCCCCCGCCCCAGGCUCCGUGGAGCAGCUCAGGAAGCAGUGGGAGACCUUCGAGUGAGCCAGGCGCUGAGGGCUGGGGGCGACCGAGGCUGCGCUGCCCACCACUGCAGCUCUGGGCUGGCCCUGCUUCCCCUGCCGCUGUUUCCGCCCAGGUUCUACUGGUGGGAAGGGAUGGGACCCCUCUCUGCCACCCCUCCUCCUCUCCACACUGCCCAUCUCUGAGGUCUGGCUGCUGGAGAAUGGCACCAGUUCCAGUUUGGGAAUCGACCCAGCUCCUGGGCACCUGUCCUGCCCUGCCACCACCCUUCCCCUGCACCCAUGAUUGGGUUUUGCACUAAAGAGGACGGCUGGGCUAAUGACUGCCCCAGACCACGUCCUACCCACCUUUUUCUGGAAAGCUCCCACCAGGAGCCUUGUGGGGCUCCUCAAGGCAUCUCCUCCCGAGCCCUGUUUCCUGUCCCAACUGCAGCUCAGCCCUGAACAGCCCACCUCGCUGGGCACAGGCAUCGGUGGUACCCUCAGUGCGAGCUCGUCUGCACAAGGCGCACAUGGUUUGGAGUUUGAAGUAAGGCACCCCCUUUCCAGGCCGGAGGAGCUAUCUGGUGAGACAUAUCCAAACCCUCUCUAGCAAUAUGCACACUCAUCCUUUCCUGAGUCUUCACCUCAACUCCCAAACUUCAGUUUUUCUGGCUUGGUAGGAAUUUGGGGGCUGAGGGACCCUUGGGAUCCCUCAUGAUAGCCAAACCCCGCUCCAGCCAGCCCUGCAUGGGGACCAGGAGUACCAGCAACUCUGAUCUGUAGAAGAAAAACUAGCAACCAGGAAAAUCUGAGCGCAUCAGGCAGAGAAGCCAGGUUGCUGUUCCACACUCUCCCUCUGGUCCCCACAGCUUCUCUGGGUCUCAAGUAACUAUCAGACGGGGCUCAGCCUCUUGUCCAGUGCAUCUGCAGGGGCAGAGCUAAGAAGCAGGCACCCAGAUUCCAACCGGAAGGCCAAGCUUAACACCGUGGACUGACGCAGGGGUCCUAGCGGCCCGACUCCCGGGGACAGAAGUGGGCAGGGCGCUGAGCCCCUCUCCAGGCCCCUGGGAGGAUGUGGGCAAACUUGACUUCUCGCAGCCAGGAGGCAGGAGGAGGUCUCAGAGCCACCCCCUCCCAGCCCACCUUGUGAUUCUUGCCAGCAUAGAAAUUCCUGAGGCCAACGUCACCAAAGUUAAAUUGAAAUGUUUUGUUAUUGUUUCUUUUAUCUUUCUUUUCCUUUUUACUUUAUUGAUUUGAUGAAUCUUGAAGUUGACUAGUUUCAAUAAACCAAGUUAAAAUAUGGCCCAACCAUUUAAGAAAACAACCAUCUGAGACAUGCAGGAAAUUGUGAGCAUUUUGACCUGAUUUCUCAUUUCCUAUCUGUGAGUGGUCAGAUCCACAGUCUCAGAGGUGUCUGAUGGGGUAUGGGGGUUUCUGGAGGCCCCCAUAACCCCAAGGAGCCUUGUCAGUGCCUGAGGUGCUGGGAGGCCAUCCCAACAUGUGGGGGAGUGAGGCCUGGAAGGUCGCUCUGUGGGGUGUGAAGAGCUGCUGGCCCAGCACACAGCCCCUUCCUGAGUCAUAGCCCCUCGGGCAAGUCUUCUCUAAAUCCCAGCAAUGUCCUCUGGCUGCCGGAAGGCGGAGCUGUGUCGUGUCUGGGCCAUGUGGACUCCUCUAGGACACUCAGGUGUUUCAGUAGAUUCCAGAUCCACCCAUCUUGGGCAGACCUCUGAGCCCCACCGGGGACAGGGCAGCCCACCUGGGGGAGACAGCAUGGGGCAGAGCGUAAGACGAGGUGCCGGGUGGCCGCAGGGAAGAAGAGCCCACUCCUGUUUCCCUGGCUGUGCUGGGGGCUGGUGGCUGGUGGCAUGUGCUCCGUGUUCAUGUGAGCACUGCUGUCUCUUCCCUUGCUGGAUUGGAUUUGCAAAUCCAAGGAUGAAUUUUGUGUGUGCAUUCAAUAAAAUCUUCUUGG